AAGUUGGUAUUUGAAGACUCUUGUGUUGUGAAAUAUUCCUUAUCUGUGAUUCUUGGCAAUCUUGUACAGUUUUGGCAAGAUUUGUGCUUUUCAAAGUUAAUUAGUUUGCAGUAGUCUUUUAACCGGGGAUUCGUAAGACUCAUUCAAAGGUUUCUGUUCCCUUUGGUUAUUGUUUGUCUUAUUGGAAAAGGGUUUGGGUCAGAACACAACCUGACUCAGAAUGGAAGGAGGUGGUUGAAAGUCCUUGAAGGAAGACACAGGGCUGAGUAGGUUCGUUUCGUAGAGUAGGGUUUUGAUGAAUUUCUUUUUCAGAGUCCAAGAUGUGUGAUGAGAUCAGCCAUGAAGACUGAGCAACCCACCCUGGAAAUCUUUGAGACGGCCGAGGGCAAGGAAAAUGUGGCGGCCAUCGAGGAGAUGGCCAAGCCGGAGCCGUAUUACGUGGAGAGAUAUUCGUGGAAUCACCUGAAGAAGCUCUUGGCAGAUACUAGGAAAUACCACAGCUGCCUGAUGGCCAAGACGCCCCACAAUUUCACGUUUGUGAAGAGAAAUGAUCCGGAAUGUUCUAAUUCAGACCGGAUAUACUAUCUGGCCAUGUCUGGUGAAAACAGGGAAAACACCCUUUUUUAUUCCGAAAUCCCCAAAACUGUAAACAAGGCUGCCAUUCUCUUGCUGUCUUGGAAGCCUCUUAUAGACCUCUUUCAGGCCAGCCUGGAUUAUGGGAUGUACUCACGAGAGGAGGAGCUGCUGCGGGAGAGGAAACGCAUCGGCACCGUUGGGAUCGCCUCCUACGAUUAUCACCGGGAAAGUGGCACCUUUUUAUUCCAAGCCGGCAGCGGGAUCUACUAUGUCAAAGAUGGCGGCCCAAAUGGAUUUACGGUGAGUGGGAAAAUCCUUCGAAUUCUGUAUGAAGAAAACGACGAGUCGGAGGUGGAAGUUAUUCAUGUCACGUCCCCCAUGUUGGAAACCAGGAGGACGGAUUCUUUUCGGUAUCCCAAGACAGGCACUGCAAAUCCCAAAGUCACUUUCAAGUUGUCUGAAAUAACCCUUGGUUCUGAUGGCAGAAUUUUGGGUGCUGUUGACAAAGAACUGGUCCAACCCUUUGAAAUCUUAUUCGAUGGCGUAGAAUAUAUCGCCAGAGCAGGAUGGACACGAGAGGGAAAAUACGCCUGGGCCAUCCUGCUUGAUCGCUCCCAAACCCGCCUGCAGAUCGCUUUCCUUCCUCCAGCCUUAUUUAUCCCCGUGGAAGACGACGCCAUGGAGAGACAGAAACUAAUCGACGCUGUGCCUGACUCCAUCACCCCCUUGGUCGUUUACGAAGAAACCACAGACAUCUGGAUAAACAUCCAUGACAUCUUCCAUGUUUUCCCCCAGACUCAGGAGGAUGUGGUAGAAUUCAUCUUCGCCUCCGAGUGCAAAACAGGAUUCCGACACCUGUACAGAAUCUCCACCAUUUUGAAAGAGAGCAACUACAGGCGAUCUUCGGGGGGACUCCCAGCUCCAGGUGACUUCUUAUGUCAUGUCAAAGAAGAGCUGCCCAUCACCAGUGGAGAAUGGGAAGUGCUUGGCCGACACGGCUCAGACGUAAGCUGCUUGACAAUGCCUUCUCUGCUUCCUGCAGGAUCUCUCCCCGAUUACGUCCCACCGGAGAUCUUCUCUUUUCAGAGCUCCUCGGGGUUUGUGCUCUAUGGGAUGAUGUACAAGCCCCAUAAUUUACAACCUGGGAAGAAAUACCCCACGGUGCUUUUCAUCUAUGGGGGGCCACAAGUGCAGCUUGUCAACAACCGCUUUAAAGGGGUCAAAUAUUUCCGACUGAACACGCUGGCUUCUCUGGGUUACGUGGUCGUGGUGUUGGACAACCGAGGUUCCUGCCAUCGGGGCCUGGCCUUUGAAAGCGCCUUCAAAUAUAAGAUGGGACAAAUUGAAAUCAGUGACCAAGUGGAGGGCUUGCAGUAUUUGGCUUCCCAAUACGAGUUCAUUGAUUUAGACCGGGUUGGCAUUCAUGGUUGGUCCUAUGGUGGAUUUCUUUCACUGAUGGCCUUGCUUCAGAAGCCGGAGAUCUUCAAGGUUGCAGUUGCGGGUGCUCCAGUCACAUUGUGGCUUUUCUACGACACGGGUUACACCGAGCGUUACAUGGGACACCCAGACAACAACGAGCAGGCCUAUUAUUUGGGCUCCGUAGCUAUGCAGGCAGAGAAAUUCCCUUCACAGCCCAACCGAUUAUUGCUACUACAUGGAUUCCUGGAUGAAAAUGUUCAUUUUGCACAUACUAGUAUUUUGCUGAGCUUCCUGGUCAGGGCUGGAAAACCCUACGACCUCCAGAUUUAUCCGCAGGAGAGGCACAGUAUCCGGGUCCCUGAAUCCGGAGAACACUACGAACUCCACCUCUUGUACUACCUCCAGGAGAAUCUGGGAUCGCGCAUGGCCACGCUGAAGGCAAUGCCCUGAUGGCGUCUCAGCACGAUGCGCCCACAGCUGCUUAACCAAAUACGAGUGUUUGAAUGGUGCCUUCCUUCCUGGGGCCUGCUUUUAACCGAGAGAGGAAUCAAUUCGCUGCCCGGCUGGAUUGGUGAUCAUCCUCCUUUUUCACCCCGGUCCGGCCAUACAGGAGAUUGCUGUACAGCAAAUGAAUAAUUUUAAAUGUAAAUAAUAAAACGGAUUGUUGUACGGUC